AGUUUACAAUGGCAAAUCAGAUAUAUUAUCCAGAUAAUUUCAAUAUAUCAAAUCCAAUGAAAACUAUGAGUGACGGACUCAAUGUAGAUGUGGCGAAAUUGCAAUUUUCCAAAGGCCAAAAGGCAGGUGAAGAUAUCACCAAAUGGCUAUCGAAAUCAAUAAAAGAAAUGACUUUAAACUUUGGGACAAAAAUGUACCCAGUGAUAAAACAAAGCUGGUGGCUGUUCAAGGACUUCUCGUGAACCCUUGUGGAAGUAUCCAUUUAAAUGGUUCAUGUAUAGGAAUUUUACUGUCCAUAAGCUGGAAUGAAACCGUCUUUUUUCAAUACCAAAAUGAUGUAUGGCACAGGACCUUUUGCAUCCUUUAUGCAAGAUGAAGUCCGUGGUGUGACAAUACCACUUUCCAAAAGCGAUAUCAAUUUGAUUAUUUUCAUGCCCAUUGAAAACAAAAAUAAUGUUAAUAAUGAAAUUCUGGGAAAUCUAAAUAAGUAUUUGGAUAUAAAAAUGGAAAAAAAUCAGAAAGCUCACCUAUAUAUUCCCGUAUUAGUGGUCGAUAAUACGCUGGACUUGGGGAAAACCCUCGAGAGCUUUGGUAUUAAAAAAGUUUUCACUGGAAAAACAGCUGGAAAAUUAUUUAAAUCGGCUUCCAUUUUUAAACAGCUUAAUGUUCUAAAGGUGAAGCCACUUGAGUAUCAAUGGGAAGCCGAAUAUCCCGAGGAUGAUGACAAUAAAGUUAUCCUAAUUGACAAACCAUUUGUGUUCGUUAUCAAGGACUCGAAAACCAUUUACAUGGCCGGCCGUGUGGAUACUUUGAAAGGAGCUACCAAACUCUAAAAUUUUCUAACUGAAUUGUAAAUUAAAUUAACUUAAAUGGA